AUGGCAGAAGAAUCGUCAAACUUCUUCCGUGGAUAUGUAAGAAUUGAAUUGAGGUCCCUUCAAUUCGAGUAUUCACAUUUUGGGAAAAGGAUAUUGAAUCCUACACAUUUUACAGUCCUGCAAGAAAAAUUCGAAACUGAUGGUUGCGCUCGCGAGGAGCCAAGGAAUUUUAUUGCAGCUGUGAUAGCCGAUGACCUCCUAGAACAGAUUAUCGCCCAAUCCGACUUGAGUUUAGGUACUCUGAAGGAUGACGCCAAUUUGCCGUGGCUUACUCUCCCGAAAGACAUUCAGAUCCUAUGUUUAUUUGGAAAGCAUCGCGUGGAAGCCGCCAAGCGCUCUCUUUUGCCCGGCGAUCGUUGGUGGUCAGUUGCUCUAUACUCCGAAGACAAUCUCCGACGUCGUAUAUGUAUGUAUCGAGACCCAGAGUUCGCCCCAGGGGAUGUCUUCCGCAAUUGGAGACACUUUGAACUGGCUGGUCAUAAUGAUGCCUCUUUCUGGCAAUCCUUGAUAUCUGCUCGCUCCCGAAAAGACAUCAAUAGCUUGGAACAACAUUACAAGGGCAUUAUGCAAAGCAUCGAUCGACUUAUUACUUUCCCAGGACUUUGGGUAAACUUUUGCUUUACAUUUAUCCGACGGAUUUUACAGAUCAACUGUCCAAAUGACACAUUGCUCUGGCAUCCGUGCUCAGCUGCCCUGAAGAGAUUGAUCCCAGGCAAGCAUAGAGACUUGCGACAUGCGAUCAUGUCACGGUUUAACCCCAGUGGGGUAGAUUGGCCUGUUCAGGUUGCUGAGGGUGUUAUCGAAUCUAUGAAUACCCGAGUGUCCCACGAGCACGAGCUGCACUCGCAAAGGUCGAAUUCGGCAUGGGUGCAACUCUGGUGUUUUGUUAUCCGGCAUGUAGAGAAUCUUACUAACACCAAACUUGCCGGGCACAAGUCGCCUACAACUGAGGCUCAAGUCUUUAGACCAACUCAACGGGAAUCUAACUACCGGCUUGGUCUCUUGGCCAGGCGGCUAGGAUUUGAGUCGGCGUCAAUUGAUUCUCUUUGCGGUAACACAUCCUUGCAACCUAGCGUGAAAGCGUACUUGCAAGGUCGACGUCCUGCGGACAUCUAUGACUUUCCCACUCAUUGGGAAAGCACUGCAUCCCGCAACAUCAUUGGCCAUCUAAACAGGCUCCAGGAAAGGAGAGACUACACGAUAACGAUCCCACCCUUUGCAGAACAGACGGCCAAAGCCUUAAAGCGAUGCGGUCUGCCAGCUUUUGAAUCCCACCAAAAAGAUCGCAAAUCGCUGUUUCUUCCGUAUAUAUAUAGCUCCGAUCAACCAAUGGGAGAAUUUCCUUCCUCCUUUGCUAUCAGGCGGGAUGUGAUAUUUAGCUUUCUAGGCGAAGACAUAGUCCCAGUGGAGUGCUCCACGUCAUGGAUGGCUUCAUCACCCGUGGACUUUGACAUCUAUCCACCAGGAACACCCUCGAACGAAGGCUACAAUGAUCCCCCUGCGGAAGUGGCCUCAGAUCUCCAGUUGCAGAUGAAUGCUUCUGUCGACCUCGAGGAGACGCCUAGCGUACAACUCCAAAGGGGCCUCCAUACGGACCAUGAAGUCAUCGUUUGCCCUCCGAAAGCAGCGGGCUUCGAGGAUGAGACUAUUGCGCCAUUGAAUCAACUAACUGAUAUGUCGCAUAACCGUAGUGCGAAUGAUAUCUUGGAGGCUUGGUUCCAAUCCAACAAUAUGUCACUGGCUGUUUUUUACUUGUUCAAGUCACGGCAAUAUAUCAAAUUCGCACUAAAUGAUCCCAAUCUCGACUCAUCCCUUAAGGAGUUUGUACUUGCUGUCGCAAACGAUUAUUCUCUGGCGGAUUUCCGAAGAGGGUUGCUUAAUUGGGAGGAAGUCAUCGAAAAUAUUCAUCAGACAAACUUGCUACUUGUCUACAAAGAGCUGGAGCACGAACAAUUGACUAAUACAAACCUUCGGGAAUACGUCUGUUCAUUUGACAGCCAGACAGGAGAGCUUAUUUAUGAACAGCGAAUGCAUCAACAACGGAUUCAUCAAAAGCGAAUUAAUCAGAAGCAAAUUCAUCAAGAAGGGAACCUGGAAGAUCAGGACAGUUCGACGGGAAGAAAGAGACGUGGUAAAAGAUCAUCUCCUGAAGAGCCAGAAAUUUACUAG